AUGGUGCGGCCUUGCCCCACGGUUAAGCCCAUCCCGAAUACCAUUACCUCAUCCAAUCCCCCUCCGUCAGCAGCGAACCGGUCCCAGAGUAAUGACUCUGCCGAAUCCUAUUUGGCCGAAGAACUCAGGGAACCGAGCCGCGCAGCAUUAAGCACAGGGAUGAGUGCCAAGGCCCCAGUUGUCGUAGCAGCUGGAGCUGAUGCCCCUUUGGAAUCUUCAAAGGGCUUGGAUCCUCCAAGGCGAUACAUCACCGUAACACGAUUAGCAUCCAAUCUGAAAGGAACGUGGAAUGGGUCAUUCUUCCCUCUGUCCAUGUGGCGUCGCUUGGACCCUGGCAAUGGGAGGACCACGGCGAUAUCAUGUGUACAAGAGAAGAAGAAGAAGAAGCAGAAGAAGAAUGGGAAAGAUGGGGGACGGGAGGAUACGCUAAAUAAAGGGAGAGGGACUCGCGUGUUUACUAAGAAAGAUUACAGUUACUACUUGGCCCUUGGCCAGGGCUUGGAGUUCAAAGGGCAAGCCCUGCAGAAAUGGGUUCAAGCUAGAGUAGCUAAGGUCAAAGCAGAGAGGGGCGCAGAGAGGGAAGCAGAGCGACUUGAGAGGGAAGCAGAUGUAAGAUUCCUUAUAAAAAAGUUAAGUGAGGACGAAUCUAAAGCCUGGCUCGAUCAUGUUGAGCAAGUCCUAAAGUCAUACCACCCUGCUCUCGAAGAAGUAGCUCUGAUUCUGGGUCAGCACUUAGACGGCAAGUGUGCCACAGCCUUCAACGCCCUCAGGGAGAAUGCAAUAGUCAUUAAAUAG